AUGAACCGACCGGUUUGUUGGUUAAGUAAAAACUCACAGCUCUUCUUCGUCGCAACUUCUCCUCUGCUCGUAGGCAGCUUUGAGCUCGACGAUUUCAAACCAGACUACUGUCAGAUUUUAGCAUUGGGAGUGUUUAACAUGGCUGGAGGGUCAAAGAGUUCCAAAAGAAGAGAUAAGAAGGUUUCAACAGCAUAUGAUGAGCUAGUUACUUCAUCUAAGAAGACGUUAGCUUCCCUCUUGGAGUUACAAGGGGCUUUGUUUGAGAAGAACCCCUCUGUUGAUCAACAAGCAGAUGGUAAAGCUACUCUAACGCGUUCAGAAUCCAAUACAUCAGAUGGAGAAGAUAGCUAUGAUGAAUGGCACAGAAUAUCUGACAUUGGUCUUACUCUUUGUCUAUGUGUUGUAGAAUGUGGUGCAGCUGCUAUAAAAGGAAAGCUCCAUGCCUUUAACCAGAACGUUAGUGAACAGGUUGAUUCUUACAUGAGGGAUCCAAGCAGAAUGAUUAAACAAAUGCAACAAUCAACAUCUACUGUUGCUGUUUUCGGAACUGUGCCUGAGGAGGCCAUGGAACCAAACCAAGAGGAAAAACAACUGGAAGGAGGAGACCCUGAGCUUGUGGAAGAUGCUGAGUUCUAUCAGCAGUUAAUAAAGGAGUUCUUUGAGACCAUUGAUCCAGCUUCAUCAGGUAUAGUCACAAUAAAAAAAACAUCUUUGAACCGAGUCUUUGGUUGUCUGAAAAUCUCAAUACUGAUAUUGGCAGAAGCGGCUUUCUACGCCAUGAAGAAGUUUCAGACAGAGAAGAGGAAGAUUGUGGAUCGUCUUGCCUCUAAGAGCAGAAAAGUCAGGCAAAUUGUCAACUUCAUGGCUCCAAGACGUGUCAAGAUUCCUCCAAACUCUGCGGAUUUGCUGAAGAAUCUGUUUGGUCUCAAGACUAGAAACUGUCUGCCUGAAGUAUUAUAA